AAAUAAAAUUAAUGCAUGUUUUAACUGUCAAAUUAUUUACAAUUUUCUGAUGUCGCUGGUGAAAUAUGGAGUACCCAGAAAAAUCUUCAGUUUCCUGCUGUUUCUCUUGUUGCUUUUGCCGAUCUUUGACGCCAGUGAUCCGAUUGGCAGUCACUUCGUCCUCCGGCGGGCUAAACGCCUUUCCAGUCCAUAUUUCGACAAGGAGAAAACGUUGGUGCUGGCCAAAUAUGUGGUCUCCAUUCGAUCACGAAGACCACACAAGUUCUUUGGCGACAAUCACUUCUGUGGUGGCGUGAUCAUAUCGAGAACAUACAUCCUCACCUCCGCCCACUGCGCCAUGGAUAAACGCAAGAUUAUACAUCGCAGUCGGCUUUUGGUAGUUGUGGCGGGAACCACAAAUCGACUGAGAUCUCGCGAAGGACUCUCGUUAAGCUUGGAGGUGAAGAAGAUCUUUGUGCCGGACAAUUUCACUGUCUUCAAUACAAACAACAUUGCGCUGAUGAUGCUGGCCAAAAAACUGCCCUCGGACAAUCCGCUUGUGGGUGUGAUUAAACUGCCUACGGCUGAUCCAAAACCGGGUAUGAACUACACGGUGCUGGGCUGGGGAAGGAUCUUUAAAGGCGGUCCUCUGGCCUCCGACAUCCUGCACAUUGACGUGGAGCUAUUGCCCCGGGAAAUCUGUGAGAAAAAAAUCCACAUAUUCAAGGAGGAGAUGAUGUGCGCCGGAAACCUGAACAACAGCAUGGACGAGAACCCUUGUGCCGGUGAUACCGGGAGCCCGCUGAUCCUCAACGAAACAGUCUUUGGUGUGGUCAGCUACCGAGUAGGAUGCGGAUCUAAAACUUUGCCCUCUAUUUAUACCAACGUAUACUUGCAUAUGGACUGGAUCGAAGGAAUUAUGAACAAGAAUGAAGCGUACCGAUUGUGUUAUACUCCCAACUAUCUAUUAGCCACCAUUGGUAUAUUCAUUGGAAAUAAAAUUCUGAAAAGUUGUGGAAUUUAUUUGAAGACCACUUAAA